AGAAACCGAUUGGUCUUGAACCCCGAAGCUCUAGUUCUAGAGCAUCAGAGCAAGCUGUCUAAAACGAACGACUACCGCCGCAAUUCCUUCCACUUUCAAUCGACUUCAUUAACUCAAGAUGCUACCUCAACGGCGCAUCAAACUCCUAGUUAUUGCUGCCCUAACGCUGGUUAUCAUGGCCAUAUACCUUUCGAGUGAUGCACGGAGGGUACAGAACCAGAAGUUCUACCAGUCUACUGUUGCCGCAAUAGAAGCACACAAGCAGACGAAGGAACCUGGGGUGGCUGCAGGCAGCUCCGCGGGCGAGCAGCGGUUUAGCGGGAACCCGACUCAUGGGGACGCAGCAAGGCCCGCAGAUGACAAGAUGGCGCCAGCGAUUCCAAGAAACGGUGACGAAGAGACGGAGGAGAUAUCGAUUGCCGGGCGGACAAAGAUGACCGUUCCUAAAGACCGCAACAAUCCAGAAAGGCAAGACCAGGAAUCAGGUACCGAUGAGCGUGUGGAAGCGAAGACCGAGCUCAAUAGUAUACUAAAACGAUCGCCGAUUAUUGUCUUUUCCAAGUCCUAUUGCCCCCAUAGCGCCCGGGCCAAGUCUAUCCUCUUAGACAAAUACUCAAUUGUCCCAGCACCUUACGUGGUAGAACUUGACCAACAUGCAUUGGGCCAACCACUGCAAGCUCUUUUGGCAGAGAAUACUGGCCGCCGCACCGUGCCGAAUGUUCUAGUUAGUGGAAGAAGCAUUGGUGGCGGUGAUGAAGUGGCUGCUCUCGAUGAGAAGGAUGAGUUGGCAUCAACAUUGAAGACGUUGGGAGGACAGUGGGUCCAGGAGCGACGCACAACCCGUGAUUUUCACUCCACCAAAGAAAGCGACCGGUUGCCUUUGAGGAAUUUCGAUCCUUUCGAACGACCGACCGCACGACGACAUCGACAAUUCUCCCUCGGACAUUCCACAGCCCACGCAGUCAAGAUGCGGUACAUUCACUCCGAGGAACGGCUGCCCAUCCCCGAGAAUGUGAAGGUUCACAUUCGCUCCCGGGUUGUGACCGUUGAGGGCCCUCGAGGCAAGCUUGUUAAGGACCUCUCCCACAUCGCUGUCACCUUCGGCCGCCCUGAGAAGGAUGUCAUCUCUAUUGAGAUGCACCACGGUGCCCGCAAGGGUGUUGCUGCCCUGCGUACCGUCCGCACCCUCAUCAACAACUUGAUCAUUGGUGUUACCAAGGGCUUCAAGUACAAGAUGCGCUACGUCUAUGCUCACUUUCCCAUCAACGUCAACAUUGAGAAGAACGCCGAGACUGGCCUCUACGAAGUUGAGAUCAGAAACUUCUUGGGUGAGAAGUACGUUCGUCGUAUCACUGCCCAGGCCGGUGUUGAGGUCGCCACCUCCCCCAACGUUAAGGAUGAGCUUGUGCUCUCCGGCAACUCCCUCGAGGGUGUCUCCCAGAGCGCCGCCGACAUCCAGCAGAUCUGCAGAGUCCGCAACAAGGAUAUCCGAAAGUUCCUUGACGGUCUGUACGUGUCGGAGCGGGGCCACCUGCUCAAGUACUCCCGAACAUAUGCCAUCCCUUCCCAUGAAAACUCCCUCAAGUUGCUUGCGGUAGGAAUGGAGUCCUGGGUGGCCAUUUGCGGGUUAUUCGCCGCGGUCGUGAACAUGAUACUGGACGUGGCACAGUUUUGGAAAGAAAGGUUAUUGUCAUGGUGGAGAUCAAAAUCGCCCCGCAGCAGACUACGAUACCGUAUAGCCAACGCCCAAACGUACGAAGAAUGGGAGGAAGCUGCUUUCGAGUUGGAUGAGCUUCUGAGUAUGGAUCUGUGGCGCCAAAACCCAACAAGCCGUCAUUAUGAUUAUCGACUCAUUCUGGGCCGACUGGAGGCCUUGAUGAGUGCUCGAGAGGACGAAGAUAUCCUGACAUUGGUCAAUCUCCUUCGAUCCGGACUUGUUCGCAAUCUAGGCAACAUCACCUCCCCAAGACUGUCGCUCCACGCUUAUGCUGGUACAAAGCUCCUGAUAGACGAUUAUAUCACCCAGGUUGCACUUUCCAUCCAGCAUGUGACAGCUCUGCAGACAGCCACUGUUUCUGAGGGUAGAUUUGACUCUCAAGCUAAAUUGGAGUUGCUACACGACACCCGGCAGGCCUUCGGCAGAACAACGCUCCUUCUGCAAGGCGGGUCGAUCUUUGGGCUAUGUCACUUGGGCGUGGUGAAAGCUUUACACUUACAAGGCCUCUUGCCUAGGAUCAUUACAGGGACCGCCACCGGGGCACUCAUCGCAGCACUCGUUGGUGUUCACACAGAAGAUGAGUUGCUGACUUUUCUCAAUGGCGAUGGCAUUGAUUUAACCGCCUUUGAUCGCCAACGGAAAAUGAGACUUGAUACUGGAAACAAUCAGUGGCUACCAUACACUACGGGUGACAACUGGUUGUGGACUCUGCUUCGACGAGUUCAACGGUACAUUCAGAAAGGCUACUUUCUUGAUGCCGAGGUACUAGAAGAAUGUGUGCGAGCAAACCUUGGUGACCUGACAUUUGAAGAAGCGUACGCACGGUCGAAACGCAUUCUCAAUAUCACGGUGGCGACGUCAGAUAAGGGCGGUACUCCCAAUCUCCUUAAUUACCUGACCGCACCGAAUGUGUUGAUUUGGUCAGCAGCAGUGGCCUCAAAUGCUUCGUCAAACUCGCUCUAUCAGCCCGUUACAAUCUACUGUAAAGAUGAAACCGGCUCAAUUGUCCCGUGGGGUCUUUCGCGACAUGGUUCCUCCCAGUCGGGGCGCCGCACGGAGUACACAGAUGGUGAAUCGCCGCUAUCCCGGAUUGCUGAGCUGUUCAAUGUGAAUCACUUCAUUGUUUCUCAAGCCCGACCAUACCUCGUCCCUUUUCUCCGGUCCGACGUGAAUCUUCUAGACCGCCGUCCUACGGGACAGUGGAGUAUCACCCGGUCACUGAUGCGCUUGGUCGCUACUGAGAUCCGCCACCGACUGAGACAGCUUGACUAUGUUGGUCUUCUGCCACAAGCGCUCGCACGACUUCUCAUCGAGGAGACCAUCCCUGGCCCUAAUCUCACACUGGUCCCAGAUCUCUCAUUGAAGGACUUUACUAAGCUAUUCCAGAAUCCAGACAAGGAGUCAUUGGCCCAUUGGAUCCUAAAGGGUGAGAGAGGGACGUGGCCUGCGAUUAGUGCCUUGAAAGUCCGUUGCGUUAUCGAAAUCGAAUUAGACAAGGGCUACCAGGUUGUUCGUCGUCGACGACCAGCCGAGAAUCCUUCCUCUGUUCAACAUACUAUGGGUCAGCGCCGCAUGCCAAAUGAAGGGAUCCCGAGGAAAUGGAGAGGGUAUAGUGUCGAUCACGACAGAGACAUGACAGGUUUGCUGGGAAAUUUCGACCGUCAACAGGACGACCUCAAUUCGUGA